AUGUCCGACCCCGACGCCCCUCCCCCCUCCCCCCCCUCCAUCCUCAACUGGACCCUCGGCUUCCUCCUCGUCGGCCUCGCCUGGGGCCUCACCACGCCCUUCAUCCGGCGCGCCGCCCUCCACUUCCACCCCCCCGCCCACCCCUCCCUCGACCGCGUCGACACCGGCACCCGGGCCGGCCGGGCCCGGCGGCGCGUCCUGAAGGCGGCGUGGACGGUCGCGGAUCUGCUCCGGAGUCCGGCGUACGCGCUGCCGCUGGUGGUGAAUUUGACGGGGAGCGUGUGGUUCUUUUUGCUGAUUGGACGGGCCGAUACCUGGAUCGGCAUGGCUUUCGUCUUGGGCGGUAUUGCACUAUGCGUUCAGUCGAAGAAUACAUGA